AUGGCGAAAGACCAGGACCUUACUACCCUUCUCAGCCCUUCUCAGCGGGCCGACUUCCUCGUCCUCAUUGCUACAGCAAUUGGCGUCCAGCGCAAACGACUCUUAUCCGCCUUCGACGUUGACCCCGGAUCAGCCAAGCAAGACAGCAGAGGGACUAUCAAAGACACAGAAGUCGAGGAUGUAAAAGAUAUUGAGUUACACUAUGACUCACGGCCUAGUUCGUCAGGCGAGAGCUCGGGAUCGGAAGAGGCGCCGCGGAUUGUACAGGUCGAUAUUAAGAUGGAGGAGUUGAAGAAAGCGGCUUCGGAACACUUCGAUGAGUGGCAAGCCAGCUGUCGUCAAGGACGUAUUGAGAGGCAUACUGACGGCAAUUUAGACAAGUCGCUGAGCAAGGAGGAACACCCCACAAUCAACCCAGAACGUCCGGCUCCGACAUCAGAGUCAACGAACCCGCUAGCAGUCCAAACCCCUCUGACAGAGAAGCUCAGUUCAGAUCGUCCACCGCUCCUCAUCCACACUCUCCUCCUCCUUCUCUUGUCACUCAAGUCAUACUCCGCAUACUCACGUAUCCUGCUCAUGCAAGUCGCCGCUUCACUUUCACCAGCUUCCGAAACCAUCCCGCCUAUCACGGAGAUUGAGUCAAAGGUCGCACAAGCACUUACAUCAGCAGCCAAGGAGAUGUCUGCGGAUGAGGAGAGUAAGAAGCGAGCGGAGCAGGCGGCUACGUCGCGUAAGUGGAAGGUGGGGUUGGCAACACUUGCUGGUGGAGUUUUGGUUGGUGUGACAGGAGGGCUAGCUGCACCACUUGUCGCUGCCGGAAUUGGCUCUGUCAUGGGCGGUAUUGGGUUAGGUGCUACAGCAGCUGCUGGUUAUCUCGGGGCGCUUGCAGGGUCGUCGGUUCUCGUGGGUGGUCUCUUUGGCGGGUAUGGUGCAAAGAUGGCCGGGAAGAUGGUUGACAGAUACUCCGCCGAGAUCGCCGACUUCAAAUUUAUUCCCAUUCAUGUCAACUCAAAGCUUCAUGUUACGAUCGGUAUCACUGGGUGGCUGUCCAACCCAGAAGAGGUCGUUGACCCGUGGACGAUCCUGAGCGAUGCUGGAGACCAGUAUGCGUUGAGGUUUGAGGUCGAAGCCUUGACGCAACUGGGACAUGUGCUCGAGAGCUAUGUCAAGUCAAAGUUGUACGGUUACGUGAAGGGUGAGAUUCUGAAGAGGACUGUACUGGCCACCCUCAUGACUGCUUUGUGGCCUCUCGGCCUUCUCCAGGCUGGCAAACUGCUGGACAAUCCUUGGAGUAUUGCCUAUGUCCGUGCACAGAAAGCAGGACAGGUCCUUGCCGACGCUUUGAUUAAUAGAGCACAAGGUGAAAGACCGGUCACUCUAAUCGGGUUCUCGCUCGGUGCUCGAGUGAUACACUCUUGCUUGCUGGAGCUUGCACGGCGCAAAGCUUUCGGUGUUGUCGAGAACGUGUAUCUUUUGGGUACGCCGGCUCCAGCUAGACAAUCUGACUGGCGUGCUAUGCGUGCCGUCGUAGCUGGUCGACUUGUGAACGUCUGGUCAUCCAAUGACUACAUCCUCGCCUUCUUGUACCGUACCAGUGCUGUUGAACUGGGUGUAGCUGGUCUACAGGCGAUCGAAGGUGUCCCGGGCGUUGAGAACAUCGACGUCAGCGACUUUGUCGAAGGACAUCUCAGGUACAGAUACAUGGUCGGAGAGAUUCUCAAAGAUCGAGUUGGUCUUGUGGAGGAUCUGGUUAAUGCGAAUGUCCAGAGACAAUUGACGGCUGGUGAGCGUAAGGGGAGGGAAGUGCGGUUGGCGAGAGAGGCUGCUGAGAAGGGAGACAAGAAGGAGGAUUUGAUUGUGUUUGACGCUGACGGUGCACAUGCGGACAGCGUUACUAAGAUGGCCAAAGACAGAUCUCAAUCAGUCAAGAUGUCAGCUGGCAAACUGCUGCCCCCCAUUACCGCAAUUACUGUCGGUGUAAUCUCAGGCUAUACUCGCGCUGACUGCUAUGCGCAGUACUACAUUUUCAAUCAGCCAUUGAAGGAGGCAUUCACUCAAGAGGAUCUCAGAAAGGAGUUGGGUGUCGCUGAGGCAAAGUCACAUGAGGGCCCCAUCCAGGCACCUCCGCCCGUAGGUACUGCUUCGGGUGUUGGUGCUGUGGGUGGAGUACCUGGUGGUGCAGUGGAUGGAGGCAGUGGUGGUGUUACGCCCGGGGGCGCGUUCAAGUGAGCUUCUUGGGGCAUGUUAUAGGAUGGUGUACGAUAUAAUUGAAAGCGUUACGUCG